CGUAAGCCUUUACGAGCGAAAAGGGCGCCUCGCAACGCGCAAAACGACGCCGCAACAAAGCCGGACUCCGACGCACGUGUUUGUCAAACAGCACCGAUCGCCUUUCGGAGCGGCAGUAUGGACUUUCUCGAGUUCCCAGACGUCUUCAAGGAGGAUCGCGGCGCGAUGACGUCGGGGCGCCUGAAGAUGACCAACCAGGGAGUCGUCUUCAAGAACAGCAAGACCGGCAAAGUGGAGCAAGUGCAGGGCUCCGACAUGGAGAGCAUCAGUUGGCAGCGCAUAGGCGCCGGCUACGGGCUGCGCAUCAUGAUGAAGUCGGGCGGCAUGUACCGCUUCGGCGGCUUCCAGGACGACGAGCAGGAGCGGCUGGCCAAGUUCUUCCAGCACCACUUCGAGCUUCCGCUGGCGUCUCGCGAGCUGUGCCUCAAGGGUUGGAACUGGGGCACGGCGCGCUUCGAAGGCAGCGUCCUGUCGUUCGACGUGGACAAGCACUCGGCCUACGAGAUCCCGCUCGCAAACGUGUCGCACUGCACGACGGCCAAGAACGAGGUGACGCUCGAGUUCCACCAGAACGACGACGCGGCCGUGUCCCUCAUGGAGCUGCGCUUCCACAUCCCGACCGACCCGAACUCGGACACGGACCCAAUCCAGGCCUUCCGAAACAACGUGCUCUCCAAGGCCAGCAUCAUCCAGGCCACCGGAGACGCCAUGGUCACCUUCAAGGAGCUCCAGUGCCUCACGCCUCGCGGUCGAUACGACAUCAAGAUCUUUCCCUCGUUCAUACAGCUUCACGGUAAGACGUUUGACUACAAGAUCCCACUCACGACGGUGCUGCGACUGUUCCUGCUGCCGCACAAGGACAACCGUCAGGUCUUCUUUGUGCUCAGCCUGGAUCCGCCGAUCAAGCAGGGUCAGACGCGUUACCACUUUCUCAUACUUCUGUUCAACAAGGAGGAAGACACGAGCAUCGAGCUGGCUCUCUCGGACGCCGACAUUCAAGAGAAGUUCGAGGACAAGCUCCAGAAGAACAUGUCGGGCCCCACGUUCGAGGUGAUCAGCCGCGUCAUGAAGGCCGUAGUGCAGCGCAAGAUCACCGUGCCGGGCAACUUCAAGGGUCACGGUGGUACCAACUGCAUCACCUGUUCGUACAGGGCGGGCAACGGACUGCUCUACCCGCUCGAGCGAGGAUUCAUAUACAUCCACAAGCCACCCGUGCACAUCCGCUUUGACGAAAUAUCCUGCGUCAACUUUGCGCGUAGUGGUGGAAGCACGCGGUCGUUUGACUUUGAGGUGGAGGCCAAGAGUGGCCUUGUUCACACGUUUAGCAGCAUAGAGAAGGAAGAGUACGGGAGGCUCUUUGACUACGUCAGCGAAAAGAAGCUGCGAAUCAAGAACCGCGGAACGCUCGGGGGCACGAAGGAAAAGCCAAACUACAACGACGACGAGCUCAUCGACUCCGACGCGGAGGAUGCCCCCGAUGCUUACUUGGCCCGUGUCAAAGACGAAGGCCGCCAGAGAGACGAAGGGGAUUCGGACGAAUCGUCGGACGAAUCGUUCAACCCCGGCGAGUCCGGCAGCGAGGUGGCCGAAGAGUUUGACAGCAACGUGGAAUCCAGCUCGGACAGCGAUGCCGGCAGUGGCGGAGGCAAGGGGGGCAGUGGUAGCGAUAGCGGCAGUGAAAAGCGCGAGAAACCGAAGAAAGAAAAGAAGGAGAAGAAGUCGAGAAGUGCCAAAACCGUCAAAGAACCCGGCAUGCGGAAGCCACGUCGCCCGAAGAAGGAGCGAGACGCCAACAAGCCCAAGCGGCCGCCGAGUGCCUACUUCCUCUGGUUGGCCGAAAACCGUGAUAAGAUCAAGAAGGACAACCCUGGUUUCAGCAUCACCGACGUCACCAAGCGAGCCGGCGAGCUCUGGAAAGAGGUCACAGACAAGACGAAGUGGGAGGAACAGGCCGCCGAGGCUGCCGCCAAGUACAAGGAAGCCAUGGCUGCCUAUCAGGCUAGUCAGAAGGACCGGCCACAGGAGAGCGGUGACGAGAAAGAACAGAAGAAGGCCGUCAAGAAGAGCAAACCAUCGAGCACUCCGAAACCCAAGCCCACGUCGUCGCCCAUUAAGGGAAAUUUCAAGAGCAAGGAGUACAUAAGUAGCUCGGGCAGCAGCGACGACGACGACGAGAAAGGCACAAAGGUCAAGAAGGAAUCCACUGAAUCUCCCAAAAGUUCACCUGCCCGCGUUAAGUCUGAGGACGAAGAAGAGGCGUCAGCAAGCACCCCUGCUUCUUCCGGAGACGAGAACAUGUCGGGAAGUGGCGAUGAUGAUUGAGCCUUCCAUGUGUUUUCCCCUUGACAUUCUUUCAUUCCUUGAAGUAAUGUUUUUGCAGACAGCUCCUGUUGCACAUCGUUUUGUAUGUAUAAUUGUAUAUAAACAUUUAUCGA